AUGGCGGAAAAUUCUGACACUUUACAUCUUAUUGAAAGUAUUUUUAAAUUUAUUAAUCAAGAUCCAAUGAUUAAUUGUAAAGAAAUAAUUGAAAAAGUUACAAAGAUUUUAACAGUUAAUGACAAAGAAGUGGCAGAAUUAUCAAAUUCAAAAUUUGAAAUCGAUAAAAAUACUGCUACUCAUCUGCUUCAUAAAUUUUUACAAUUACAUGAAAAAUUAAUGAUAAAUAAAUCUUGUGGGUUGUCGCUAAAACCCAUUUUACAAAUAAUAAAAAAUUAUAUAAAUUGUGAAAAUAAAUCCGUUGAUAUUUCACAGCAGGUCGAAUCAGAAUUUUUGGAUAUUAUUAUUUUGACAUAUAGAAUUGCAAUUAAUCAAAAGGCUCCAAAUGAUAUUUUAGAUUUAGCUGAAUUUUACUCUUAUAUUUUGCAACUUACUAAUAACAAUACAGAUAAUUUAAAAUAUAAUAAUGAAUUUAAAAUUAAUUUCAGUUUAAAAAUUUUAUACAAUAUAUAUUUUAUUUUGGGACAGUGUCCUGAUGAUGAAUAUGUUAAAAGUUUUAUACAAACUGCUUCGUGUAUAAAUAAAAAAAAUUGCAUAGAUGAAAUUCAAAUUUUUAUAAAGUUGAUAUUUUAUGGGAAUGAUAACAUAUUAUUAAAUACAUUAUUAAUAAUUUUACCAAAUUUUACUUCAUGUUUUAAAACUCGAGAAGGAAUCAUUAAAAUUUGGGAAGAAUUUUUUAAUUUAAUGAAUUCGUUAAAAGAUGAUGUGCCACAGAGUAGACUUCUUUUAAUACCUUGUUAUUUAUUCAAUUUAUGUUUUAUUGAUAAGGCUGCUGUCGAUGAUAAUUGUUUGAUGAAAUUAAUUUUUGAUAAUAAAAAUUAUUGGAAAUUGAUAUAUUCGAGUUUGUCGAAAAAAAAUUCAAUAGUUAAAAAGCAAGCAUUGUAUUUGUUAAAAAAUACAGUUCAUUUAUUAUUAAAUUCGAAUGAAAAUUUUCAUUGUCACGAUCAUAAUUUUUCAGACUCGAAAUUAAACAGUUUAACUUUGAUUUGGUGGGAUUCAAAUUACAAACAUGAAAUAUCAAAUGUUUACCAACAAAUAAUAAUAUUGUUAGAGUAUUUUGAUGAACAACAAUUUCACAUAAUUAAACCAAUAUUGAAAAUAAUGGAUGAAAUUGUUCAGAAAAUUGUAUGUAAACUCAACGAUGAAAAAUCAAUAAAUUUUUCAUGGGUGGUUUUAUUGUUUGAACAAGCUUUAACUCAUGACAAUGUACAAAUUAUAAAAUGGGGAUUAAAUGGCCUUUUGAAAUUACCAGAUAUUUUUUAUUCUGAUAUUUUUUUAGUAGAAAAACUUAUACCUCCGUUGAUUACAACCCUUAACAAUAUAUUUAUUUAUUACAAUAACGGUAUGCAAUUAAGUGAAAAUUUAUGUGUUUUUUUUAAUAAUUACACAAAGUUACAAUCAUGUAAAAUUUUUUUUUGUUCAUUCAUUACAAAUUUAUGCAGUCUCAAUUGGUGUCCAGAAUCAUUAUUUUAUGUAAUUCAUGCAUUAGCUCAAGUGCCUAGACAUCCUUGUUGGGAAAAUAAAGAAAUAUUAGAAAUAUCAAAUUUCGUUACGACAGCAUUUAAAACGCAUAAUAAAAUAAUAAAAAUAGGGAUUCAUAAUGAAUUUUUAAAUGCAAUUAUGUCGCUGACUGACGUCAGUAAUGUCUCGCUGGAUAAUUUUUUAAAUUUAAUAAUGAGUUUUUUAAAUUUAAAUUGUUUGGAAAGGAAUAGCAAAGUUUGGAUGAAACUUGUUGAUUGGUUAAAAAAUUCAUAUUCGGAAAAAACAUCGGCUCAAUAUCUUGAUAAUUUGUUCGGUGAUAAUUGUAAAUUUGAAAAAAAUGAAAAAUUUUUAGCUUUGAUAUUGGUUUUAUUCAACGACGCUUAUAACGGUAACGUAAAUUUAUCAAAUAUGGAUUCUCAAAAAAAUUUUGCCUUAAAUAAAUUACAAUCGAUACUUAAAAGUUUUAAAAAUCUCGAUAAAAGACUUUAUUGCGAUAAUUUAUUAAUAAAUAGUUUUUUAAAAACUACGUCAUUUGUUCUAGAACUCGUUUCCGUUAAUAAUAAUAAUAAUUUAGAAAAAAACGUUUACGUUAAUUUUAUCGCGCCAUUUUUCCCCGACAUAAUUACUUACAUUCUGUCGCAAAUUUUUCAUUUAUCAAAAUUACAAGAUUAUGACACGGUUUCUUUUUUGGUAAAAACUUUAAAAAAUAUUUUGAAAAUUCGGGAUACUCACGAAAUAAUACGCGACAUCAUUAUAAAUAAAUUAAACGAUUUGAUUACCGUUGACGUGCCAUUGUUAGAAAAAGAUGAUGAAUCUGUGUCGUACAUGAGAGUAUUUUGUUGGAUGGAAUUUUUAAAAGUUACCAUUGAGGAAUUCACGCCGAAAAUCAUUAAAAAAUUAAAAUUGAAAAAUUUUUUCCAUUACAUAUUAAAAAACGUUAAUGAACCUCUGAGGGAGAAAAAUUUUCCGUUGGAAAAAAAAUGUGAAAAACAAGGAUUGUGGGGAAAAAUAAAUUCGGAAUAUUUAGAAUGUAAAUGGUAUUUAUUUAAUUACCUUCUAAAUUCCAUUGAAUUUAAAACGGAAACGGAAAAUGUUCUCACCGUUGAAUUCCUGUUAAAUAUUUCAAAGGAUGCUCUUAACGUUGGCGGCUAUGGAAUAUUAAUUCCGGUCAUGUUAACCGUUAAAAAAAUUCUACCGAAAUUAAAUGAUUUAUCAAUAAUUGAUUUAUUAUGGACGUUAGUUAUGGAAAGGAGGAAAAGUGAAAAUUUUAAAAUUCUUUCUAAAAAUUUUAUCGAAUUAUUAUUUCAACCUGAAAUGAUUGAAAAUAACGAUUGUUCAACCGUCGAGGGCGUCGUUUUAAAAUUUAACACGAGCAAUGAGAUUCGUGGAAGAGGGAUUUCAAUUAUUUUAUCACUUGAUAAUACAAUAAAAGAACAUAAACAAUUUGUUUGGGAAUUGAUUAAAAAACUUAUCGAUUUGGAAAAAGAAAUUUGUAAAAAUAAAAAUCGAUAUUUUGGAGAUUCGUUAAUACAUCGGAUCAAACACAGAUUAAUGCAAGCUUUGCUCAUUUUGGAAACCGUCGUGUUUCCCAAUAAGACUGCCGCAUAUGAUCUCACAAAAUGGCUGUACGAUUCUUUGGAAGAGGAAAAUGCACAACCCAGCGUUAAAUAUUUACAAGAAUGGUUAUUAAUUAGAUUAUUGAUAAAUUAUCCCGAAUUAUUAUCGGAUUUUUGGAGUCAUUUGGAUAAUUACAUAACGUUAAAAACCAAAGGCGUCUGCUCGUUGAUAACAAUUUCUUAUCAUUUGUGUAAAAUAAUACCCUCUGAUCGACUAAGGGAUUGGUUGAAUCAAGGUAUAACUAAAAUAUUACCCUUUACAAUGGAUCAACAUUUUGAAGUUCGUCUUUAUGCUUUGGUAAUUUUAGAAAAAUAUUGUUUGUUAGCCAAAGAUCGAAAAUUAUUAGACAUUUACGAUAAAUACGAAAUUAUUCACAAUAGCGUUCAGAGAAGUAUUCAAAGGGGAUGCAAAGGAAACGCAGGGAAAAAUUGUAGAAAAUUGCAGGAAGAUUUUUAUUUAAACGUUUUUAAUCCUUUGGAGCAUUAUUCCCUUGAAACGAUAUUCAAUGAUUUACCGAGAUUGGCAAACGUUGGUUUCGACGAAUGGAUAUCUUUGAAAAUUUUCAAAAAUUGUCAUCCACAUAUUAAUAAUAAUAAAAUUAUUCCCGUUGAAAACGUUUCCGAUUCUUCUUUGGAAGAUGUGUCUUGUGCAACAUGGUCCAUCAGUAGUAAAUGCAACCCUCGGGAAUGUUCAGAAUUCAACGAAGACAAUCAUAAUAAUAAUUCACAGUCGAAAAUCAAUUAUCAAAAAAAAAUGAUUCCACUUAAAGAACUUUUACCAACGGAGGAUUUUUCAGAUUGUCCUUCUCGUCGCGUCACAGAUGGUCUCAUCGUAGUAGCUUCACUCAUAGAUCGAGUUCCUAAUUUGGGAGGUUUAGCGAGAACAUGUGAAAUAUUUGGAACUUUCGAAUACGUUUUGGGAAGUUUAAAAUACGUAGAAGAUAAACAAUUUGCUUCUCUUUCCGUAACUGCCGAAAAAUGGAUCAAUAUUAAAGAAGUCAGACCGGAAAAUCUUUUAAAUUAUUUAUUAAAAAUGAAAGAUGAUGGAUACAAAGUUAUCGGAGCAGAACAAGCACUUUAUAGUAAACCUCUUAACGAAGUUAAAUUUCCAAAAAAAUCAUUAUUGCUUUUAGGAAAUGAAAAAGAAGGAAUACCACCUAAUUUAUUACCUUUACUUGAUAUAUGCGUUGAAAUUCCUCAAGUAGGGAUUAUUAGAUCUCUUAACGUACACGUUACCGGUGAUGUUAUGUUAUUUUGUAAGAAACAGUAA